AUGCAGCAUUAUGUAGUUUACAUGGGUGAGCACUCGUUCGAGGACUCAGAGUCAGUGAUCACAGCUAACCAUGAGAUGCUUACCUCGGUAAUGGGAAGUCACGAGGGGGCGCAGGGUGCAGUGGUCCACCAUUAUACGAAGACGUUCAGAGGCUUCUCCGCAAUGCUAACCUCGGAUCAAGCAAGAAAGCUCCAAGGUUCGUCCGUUCCUGAACUCAAUAUCUCUUACAAGAAUCAUCUGUGUUCUGAUAACAAUUUGUUUCUUUUGACUGCAGAGAGUGAUUCAGUAGUAUCUGUGUUCGAGAGCAAGACAAGCCGUAUCCAUACAACGCACUCGUGGGAAUUUCUUGGUGUAACCAACUUGGAAAAUAGCCAUCAAUCGUUGAAGGACUCUACAUCCGACACGAUCAUUGGAGUUAUUGAUUCGGGUACAUGCUCUCCUCUAGAAUGUCUGUUUAUAUGCUAA